UGACUCUAAGCUACCGGUUAGGCCAAACUCGCAAGAGAUUCUCUCCCUUUCCCCUGCCCAGCCAAAUUUAAAAUACGACUGAUUUUGAAAACAUUGGUUCUUGGUUUUCAAAAGAAAACAGGACUAUUGUCUGCUUUCUUUUGGAAAUCACUACCCAGCCUAAUUUAAAAUACAACUGAUUUUGAAACCAUUGAUUCUUGGUUUUCAAAGGAAAGCAGAACUUCCAUCUGCUGUCUUUUCUUCCUUUAUUCCCCUCUCCCUCUCUACUCAAUCCAAUAAGAACAUUGAGAUGGAUAAAUUGAGCGACUUGAAGCACCUGUUUGUGACAGUAUUUCUUGGAAACUUUGCAUUGAAUGUGAUCCCUCCUGCCAUAACUGACAUCACAGUGGGGGCACUAUGCCCUGCUCAAGACGAAUGCUCUCUUGCCAUUUAUCUCUCCGGUUUCCAGCAGGCCAUCUUAGGGCUCGGGUCAAUGAUGAUGUUGCCUUUGCUUGGACAUCUAUCCGAUGUAUAUGGAAGGAAAGCUUUGCUCACAGUCCCGGUGGCUGCCUCUAUUUUCCCGUCAGUAAUAUUGGCAAUUGGGAGGUCAAGAAACUAUUUCUAUGCGUACUAUGUGGUAAAGACCUUCACUGGCAUGGUCAGUGACAAUGGAAUUGAGUGCCUCUCCAUUGCUUAUGCGGCAGCUAACAUAUCAGAAGAAAAACGUGUUUCUGCAAUUGGAGCUGUUGCCGGCAUAGGCUCAGCUGCAUCUCUCUUUGGUACCAUGGCUGCUCGUUUCCUCUCCACUGCUCACAUCUUUCUGGUAGCAGCCAUUUCUUCAGCGGUUGCAGCAAUAUACAUGAGAAUGUUUCUAAAGGAGACGAGUGGCUGUGUUAACACUGAUCCUCUAGACCAACCCAUAUUGGUCGAUAGUGGUGCAGAAUGUUCUCAAUCUGGAAGUGACUCAAAAAAGAUAGUAUCACGGAGCUUUAAGAAAGUCCUACCACUCAAAGAUAUUUUCUGCUUGCUCAGGAGUAGCGUGACGCUUUCGCUAGCAACAGUCAUUGCUUUCUUGAAUGGUCUAGGGGAAGGUGGACAACAAACUCCAUUUUUGUACUUCUUAAAAGCUCGACUUCAAUACAACAAAGAUAACUUUGCUGUUUUGAUGCUUAUUGGCUACAGUAUGGCAGCAAUUGGCCAGUUGUUCUUGAUGCCUAGGUUGGCUCCCAUUAUAGGGGAGGAAGCAAUUCUGUCCUUAGCCCUCAUUGCUGGAUUUGUAAAUAUGCUAAUUGAUAGCAUUGCAUGGGCAGUCUGGGUUCCUUAUGUAGCUAAUUUGUUGCCUAUCAUUGCCUUCCUAACAAGACCGGCUUUACAAAGCAUUGUUUCGAAGCAAGUUGGGCCAAAUGAACAGGGAAUUGCUCAAGGGUGCAUAGGAGGAAUAAGCUCAUUCGGCAAUAUUCUUUCUCCAUUAAUAUAUACUCCUCUAACAGAUCUAUUUUUAUCUAAGAGGGCUCCAUUCAAUUAUCCUGGAUUCAACUUGUUCUGCGUGGGCCUUGCUUGGUUGAUAGCGCUUAUCCCUAGUAUGAUGAUACAGUUUGGUCCCCAUAAUUCAAGACUAAAAAUCAGAGACCGAAGCUGCAGCCUGGAUGCUUAAAUUUAGAGGCUCAAAGUUAUUUUUUUGACCGAUUAAUAUGUUUAUCUAUCCGCUAGGAGGUUUUCAGUCACUUAAAUCUUACGAGAAAGAGAAAUUGUCUCAUCAAAUGACUGGGAUUAACGUGUAAUACGUGCAAUUAAAGGCUUAUCUCAAAGGAAAGGUCAUCACUAGCCUGUAGGAGGUUUGUUGAGGCCAAACGUGUCGUAAUCCAUUUUCUUUCAAUCCAAAUUUUGAUUAGUCGGGCAUGUUUGUCUGAUAUUCACACAAAAUCAAAUUGCCCGAUUUGUGUGUGAUGACUUCGUCAAUCAAUGAUAGCAAAUCUGGAUUAUCUGUAAUUAAAA